AUGAUAUCAUACGUUUCGAAAUGGCAACAUUGGGAAGUCAACUCAUACGCCUCGACCGGAAUCACUUUAUCGAAACAGGGACGUCGUGAGGUCAAUUCAUCCGCCUCCACCGGAAUUACUUUUGAAAACGGUGACAUCGCGAGAUCAACUCAUACACCUCGACCGGAAUUAUUUUUCGAAACGGCGGAAACAUCGCGAGGUCAGCUCAUCCUCGUGGAACGGAAAUACAAUUCGAAACGGCGAUAUCGCGAGGUCAGCUCAUUCGACUCGAGCGGAACUACCUUUCGAAACGGCGACAUCGUGAGGUCAACUGAUCCGCCUCCACAGGAAUUAGUUUUGGAAACGGCAGUAUCGCAAGGUCAAUUCAUCCGCAUCGACCCUUUGCGAUGGCGACAUUGCGAAGCCAACUUAUCCGCCUCAAGUUUAACUAUCUAUCUAUCUAUCUAUCUAUCUAUCUAUAUUAGGUCUAUCUAUCUAUCUAUCUAUCUAUCUAUCUAUCUAUCUAUCUAUCUAUGUGAUCAUCUUUUCUUCAAUUCUUUUAUAUAUUCUUUCUUCUUUUCUAUUGUAAUUGUGAUAUAUGAUUUAGUACGUCUUUUCUAA